AUGGGCCUCGUCGCCCCACUGCUCGCCUUCAUACUAGCCUCUCAGGCGCUCGCCCAGGAACUAGACGAUAUCAUUGUCGGCUGCGACGCGGUCCAAUGUCCUGUGGUCGAGGAUGAGCAUCACUGCAAAGUUAGAAACGACACAUUCCUCGACAUCGGGCUGACCCGCAUUCCCGAUGUCCCAGAUUCCCUAGAGGAUUUCUCCAUCGUCCAAGGAGUUAGCAUUGCCAAGACUAGGAAGGACGAAGACCUGUUCACCAGCGUCUACUAUCUCGGGACCCCCCAGAAUGUGUCGCUGGAUGAAGUCCACGGCUGCGCUGUCUUUUUCGACCCUCCCGGGAGAAAAUUCCCAGAGAACACCACAGGCACCUGCUCUGAUAUUAUCGAUCCGAAAUGCAUUGCUGGCAUCCAAGAAGUUGCGGAGUCCGCACUUAGUUACAAAUACAUCGAUGGUAUCUGCCGAGAUGUACAGGAUGCGCUUGAGGACAGCGAUAUCAUUGCCUGCAGGAAUUACACUGGCACGGGCGAAGGCAUCGAAAGAAGCGUCUUUGCCAUUAGCCUCUCCAACCUCACCAAUAUCGAGGCCAAGGAAAACGCCACCAGCGACUGUUGGCCUAUCCUGCCCAAAUCUGCCAACCUGGCACCGCUUUUCUAUGCCAUGAAAUCUUGGGAUGGGGGUCCGUUUCCUCAAUCCGCGUUCGAUGAAGUGCACAAGAUUACUCCGGUGCUCACCCUCUUCAUGGCCAAAUCGAACAGCAAAAAUGUAGUGAGCCAAACUGUUGGACAAAUGAGCUGUAUUCAGAUCGAAAGUACUUGGACUCCUGAUACCAGUGUUGCUGCACCACAAAGACUUGUUAGUAUGUUGGCGAUUAUCUGGGCAUUUGCUGCGUGGGCUGCGACGCUGUAA